AUGUCUACCCGCACCCCCGAGCAUGUCCACACAGAGCACCAUAUCGGCCAUCUGAAAAGACGAUCUCUCCACCACAUGACCGGUGAUGCAGGCGUCUCUGAGUGUACCCUUGCAGAGGAACUGGGCCCGCGAACGGAUCCGCGCGGCGCUCUGGCUGCUGGCGUCGACACGCUUCGUCGGUUGUACUCUGGUCGAAGCGCGAGAUGGGAAGAGAACGAAGAGCUGUUGGUGCAUGCUGACCGGAUGGGAUGCAUCGUCUGGCUCGUCCAUCUAACAGCUGCGCGUAUCGGCCGUCUUGGGGAGCUCGACCGCGAGUUUGAGAAAGUGGGACUCCCGGAUCUGUUGCUGGACAUCGUGGCCUCAGAAGAGGACGAGUUCCUUGCCGCUCCGAUGUUCUUCGUCGAUAGCAUUUUGGAGGUUCUCUGUCGCUUCCUUCAGAACAAAUGGCGCCUCGAGGUGCUCCAAAGCCGGUCAUCGGCUAUCUGGCGUCGUCUGUGGCAGCAGCGACGACACUUCGCGAUACGUGCGCCGGAGGAGCACCAAUACGAAGAAGCUCAACUCAGACCGACGGGCGUGACAUGGGCCGAGCCCGUGGUAUCGUUUCUCGGAUACUAUGUUGGUAUACACCAAACAAUGUCCCCAAAGCAGAUAGCGCCUGGCGAGAGCUUCAUGCCACAUGUGGCGCUCUGGUUCUGGUGCAUCGACAGCAACCUCGACGUGUUCAAGUCCGUCUCGUACUACACGCUCAACGCCUACGGCAAGCUCCUGAACUCUCCCGUAUCAUUCCAACCUUCAGAUGUAGUCAAAGACGCCAUCUUAGCCCCGGACACUCUUGGCGCCGAUCGCUUCUUCGCCAGGCUCAACGCGAUGCUUACCCAUGGAGUGUUCGUGACGCAGGGCGGGCUGUGGCACCCGUGUCAGGCGCUGCUCGAAAUGCUCGCUUUGACGGAUGUGCCGGCCAUGUAUCCGCAUGUACGCAAGUACAGGACGCACGAACACCUCGUUCACUUUACGCUUAACAUGGUGCGCGGAAGCGGGCUCGAUGACCCUGCUGCGCAUGUGGAAGCGAUGGGCAUGGCGGCUGUUACUAUAAGCCGUCAGCUACUUGAAGAUAAACGUCGUCGAGACGCGCUGGCCGCGGCGGAAGGGAUGCGGGCACAAGACCUCAUCGCUUUGCUGGCGCUCAUGCUCGAUCUCAUCACCUUAUCGAGUUCUCCGAGCGUCGAAAAGUCUAUCGAAGGGCCAUCCAAAACCAUCGGAAAGGAAGGCUUCACUUGUCACCUCACCGUCAUCCUCUCAUCCGUCGUGAGUAACCUGAAGCGUCAACACGCAGCGAAAAGCUUCCUGGACGACCUGAAAGCGCAACUACGUAUUGAUUGGUGGCCUAGUUAUCGCGCUCUACAAGCCGCGCAUAAGGCGUUGCCACUCUCGAAAGCAUACCGGGACCGCCGUCACGACUGCGAGUCCGUCAUGGGCGCGUGGCUGCAACUGGGCAGUAACCUCGGGCUGGACCUCGAUGCGGAGCAAAAGAGACACGGGCGGGAUGCUGCGCGGCGGUGUCUGUGGUUUAUUUGUCCUCACCAUAGGGCGACAGAUGAUAGCUUGAAGCUUUCAUCUUGUAAAGGAUGCGGCGACGCGCGGUAUUGCGGUCGUAACUGUCAGAAACGCGACUGGAUCAAAGGCGGACAUAAGAAGAAAUGUAGGAGGAUCAAGGGAUGA